AUGAGUGAUAAAAUAAAGGACAAUAAUAGUCGCGAUUCCUCUAGGGAAAGUAGUACUAGUUCUCGGUCGGCUGUUCUAGGCAGAUCAAGGUCCAGGUCUCGAGCUGCUAGAGGGACUCCUCCAGAUAAAUCUCCUCAACCAGGGAAAGAGGGAUAUGGGACUUAUAUUCCGGAUGGGCUCAAUCAUAAAAAGGGGUUCAUAAGGGCUGAUGCAGAGCAUUCUGUUACGGAACUGGUACAGCAAAUGGACACAUCAACCAAGGAAAACUUGAUCCACGCAAAGAGAAGAGUGCAGAGGAACGAUAAACAUCCAAUGAAUAUAAUUGAUCUGAAAUUCAAAGCCAAAAGAAUACCGAGAAAACUCUUCAUCUACGGCGUGGCCCAUUUCAUUACACCCACGAUACCUAUCCGGAAAAGAUGUUUCAGGUGUCAGGUGUUUGGGCAUGUGACCACUCAGUGCCGGGCGACUCGCCCCAGCUGCGAGUUUUGUGGGGAAAGGCAUGGCAGCGAGGAGUGUGAUGACCCAAGAAGGGGAAAUUUCUGUAUAAAUUGCUCAGGGAACGUCAUAUCCUCAUCAAGUAUAUGCCCUGUUUUUAGAUUUAAAUUCGAGGUAAUGAAGGAGAGGUAUUUAAAAAACGUAUUGAAAGAUGAGGCUAUCGAGAUUCUGUCCCGUCAGGGUAUUAUAUGCCAAGUAGCGAGUCCCAAACCUGUAGGGGAUAGGAUAGAAAAUUCUAUGCAACAGGACGGAUCAGAAAACAAACAUCCUAUGUCCCCAAAGAGAACACCACAACACCCCGGUGGGGUUGAUGAUAAUAAUCAAAUAGAGGAAACUACAAUUCUUGAAGAUAUAAGCACAGCAUAUACUGACUCUCAGGAGGAAAUGAACCUAAAAAAUUUAGCGUUAUUGCUGGCUGAUAGGGAAUCAACACCCCAUGAGGGGGUGGGUUCUUUUCCGGAAGUAGGCACGGGUGAGCAGCACAUGAUCACUGAUGGGAAGAAGGGUGGGGGUUCAUGCAUACACCCACCGGAGCAGGCUCACACAGUAGAUGAAACACUCUAA